AUGCGGAGGUUGAAAUACGGUGUGGAGCGUUGCAUCAUAGUGAUAGCUCCACUCCGGGCAAAGUUCAUCUGGACCAGAAAGGUCGCUAUGGUCAGCAUUGCUAUCAGCUAUUCUUCUAUUAACUUCAUCAUUUAUAUCAUUUCAAACAAAAGAUUCCGAAGGGAGUACAAAGAAUUACUGUCGUGCGGUUCCCAGAAAUUGCCCAGGAAUAUACAUGCCUCCAAAUACAGUUUAAACAUGACCAGUUCAUCAACAUUACCAAAAGAGGGUGACAGCGUAACAAGUCAACGAGCAUAG